UAUGAUACAGGCUUGAUCAUACAAGAGGACAGCUGCGAAGAUGAUGAAAGUGCACAACAAGCACUAGAUGAACAGCUGCAGACUACUACGAGAACGAGCAGCACCAGUGGCACUACUACUAGUACAACAAUCAACACAAGAGAGAAAAAGAAUCUGAAAGUGAUGAAUACAGAAGGGGUUGUGUGGUGGAUAAGGGAGCACUGUGAAGGGCAUUUGUUUGCUUUCAAAGAGAGGUUCGAAUUCGAUACGGCCACCGGAUCAAGAUCAACGACUGCGACGCUGAC